CACUGGGGAGCCCGGCAGCGGCGGCGGCGGCGGCGGCGGCGGCGGCAGCCUCGAGCCGGAGGGAAGGACUGACUGACGGGACCGCGAGCGAGCGGACAGACAGACCGACCGACUGACCGGCCACCCGAGCGCCUCGAGUUCCGCCAUGAGCUGGGGCACGGAGCUGUGGGAUCAGUUUGAUAAUCUAGACAAGCAUACACAGUGGGGGAUUGACUUCCUGGAAAGAUAUGCAAAAUUUGUUAAAGAGAGGAUAGAAAUUGAGCAGAACUAUGCGAAACAGUUGAGGAAUCUGGUUAAGAAAUAUUGCCCUAAGCGUUCAUCCAAAGAUGAAGAGCCUAGAUUUACCUCCUGUAUAGCCUUUUUUAACAUCCUUAAUGAGUUAAAUGACUAUGCUGGACAACGAGAAGUAGUAGCAGAAGAAAUGGGACACAGAGUAUAUGGUGAAUUAAUGAGAUAUUCUCAUGAUCUGAAAACAGAAAGAAAAAUGCAUCUCCAAGAAGGACGAAAAGCUCAGCAGUAUCUUGACAUGUGCUGGAAACAGAUGGAUAAUAGUAAAAAGAAGUUUGAGAGGGAGUGCAGAGAGGCAGAAAAAGCUCAGCAGAGCUAUGAAAGAUUGGACAAUGACACCAAUGCAACCAAGGCUGAUGUGGAAAAGGCUAAACAGCAGCUGAAUCUUCGGACACACAUGGCUGAUGAAAAUAAAAAUGAAUAUGCCGCACAACUUCAGAACUUUAAUGGAGAACAACACAAGCAUUUUUACAUAGUCAUUCCUCAGAUUUAUAAGCAUCUUCAGGAAAUGGAUGAACGAAGAACCAUCAAACUCAGUGAAUGUUAUAAAGGAUUUGCAGAUUCAGAACGUAAAGUCGUUCCAAUCAUCUCAAAGUGCUUGGAAGGAAUGAUUCAUGCCGCAAAGUCAGUUGAUGAAAGAAGAGACUCGCAAAUGGUGGUUGACUCCUUCAAGUCUGGAUUUGAACCUCCAGGAGACUUUCCUUUUGAAGAUUAUAGUCAGCAUAUUUACAGGACCGUCUCUGAUGGUACAAUCAGUGCCUCCAAGCAGGACAGUGGGAAGAUUGAUGCCAAAACCACCGUAGGAAAGGCCAAGGGCAAAUUGUGGCUUUUUGGAAAGAAACCAAAGCCACAGUCCCCACCCCUUACCCCUACUAGUUUAUUCACAUCCAGUACUCCUAAUGGGUCCCAGUUUCUCACAUUCUCCAUUGAACCUGUGCAUUAUUGUAUGAGUGAAAUAAAAACAGGGAAGCCCAGAAUUCCUUCUUUCAGAAGCCUCAAAAGAGGGGGUCCAGCAUUAGAAGAUUUCAGUCAUCUACCCCCAGAACAGAGACGUAAAAAACUGCAGCAGCGGAUUGAUGAACUUAACAGAGAACUACAAAAAGAAUCAGACCAAAAAGAUGCACUCAACAAAAUGAAAGAUGUGUAUGAGAAAAAUCCACAAAUGGGGGAUCCAUGCAGUUUGCAGCCCAAACUAUCUGAGACAAUGAAUAACAUUGACCGACUACGUAUGGAAAUACAUAAGAAUGAGGCUUGGCUUUCUGAAGUUGAAGGUAAAACAGGUGGGAGAGGAGACAGAAGACACAGCAGUGACAUAAAUCAUCUGGUAACACAAGGAAGAGAAAGCCCUGAAGGAAGUUAUACAGAUGAUGCAAACCAGGAAGUCCGAGGACCACCACAGCAGCACAGCCACCCUAAUGAGUUUGAUGAUGAAUUUGAAGAUGAUGAUCCCUUACCUGCUAUUGGACAUUGUAAAGCUAUUUAUCCUUUUGAUGGGCACAACGAAGGCACUCUGGCAAUGAAAGAAGGUGAAGUCCUCUACAUUAUUGAAGAGGACAAAGGAGAUGGAUGGACGAGAGCCCGGAGGCAGAAUGGAGAAGAAGGCUAUGUGCCAACAUCUUACAUAGAUGUGACUCUAGAGAAAAACAGUAAAGGUGCAGUAACUUAUAUCUAAACUCUAAUCAAGCAGCUUCGUACCGUACGAUCCCCAGGAAAGAGAACUCUACAUACAUAUUCAAUGGGAUGAAAAAUGUUAGGAAACAUUUUAUAAUGGGCAUCUAAGGUUUAUUGUUCACCAUGUGAGCUUAGCUCAGGCUUAGUGCUUAAUUAAGAGUUGUGAAUAUUGUGGAAGGAAAGUGUUCUUUUUAUGUUUAUUUUCUAAUUUGAUCAAAAUUCAUUGGGGUUUAAUCACUGCUGUUGGCCUUAUGUCCUGCAUCAAUCCACUUGAAAGAUUUGUUGUUUUCUGCUUGACAAAUCAUAGCAUCUUGUCCAUUGAGAACGUUGCUGUAGACUUAAAGCUUUUUAUUCUCCUUGCUUCAGAAAAUAGGUAAGAUAAAAUGCUAUGAGAAAAUUAGACUACCUGGGAAUUCCAAAAAGCAAAUUCAUAAAACUCGUAAUGAUCUCUUUUUAGCAAUGUAAGUUAAAAUGACAGUUCCCAGAAAGUUCACUGAUAACUGAUGAACUUCGCCAAAGAAAAAUACUCAUUUUUCCCUUUUUGAAAUAUUUUGUGGCACAUAGUCUUCUAAAGAUGAAAAUAUGUUGUUUUAAAGAAAAAAACAUAUUGCCUAUAUGGGUAGUAUCUUUAAAAUUUUGCAAAGUAAUUUGGCCUAGUCACUUUGUGUGUUUGUAAAUUGUAUGUUUCCUGAUCAGUAAUUCUGAAUUUCUAGUAAUUUUCAAUAAUGUAUAGAUUUCUAAAUUCAUCUUAUCCUUGCAUUGAUCAUCUCGAAAAUACUUUUUGGAGAGUAUUUCUUUUCAUGGGUUAACAUCUAAGAGCCCACAAGUAGUAGGACCCAGGUUUCAUAUAAGUUGGAAUUGAAAUUUUUCAAAAGCAAAUGUAGUCAUUACUUUGUUUUAAAAGCUAAAUAAUGACAAAAAAAUGAAAAUAAUGCUCUGGUGACUGGAUUCUGACUUAAUCACAGUAAAUACACAUUUAUGGUCCCUGAAUAAGGCAUCCCUUAUGAGUAAGAAAGCACAUUUUUUCAGUUCAGAUCAAACAAAUAUUUAUCAGAAGCACCAGUUCCUUCCGCCGCUUUUCAUCAGUAAGGAAGGCUCUUUGGAUGGAGUUAGCUCUUUGCAGAGAGAAUGGAGUAAGGCAGCUGGGGAAGGGACCACGCCAUAGUCCACAUGCAGCAAAACUCCCAAAGGACUUGCGGCUGCGGGCCUUGCUAGGGGACGUUUGGGUCAGGCACUAAACUGAACACCUCUCUCUGUCUUUCCAAAGGUCUUCAGUAAUCAUGUUCUUUUCUUUUUCCUCCUGGACUGCAGGUUCCUGAAGAGGGUUUCUGAGAAAAUGGGCGAGAUGUGGAAGGAGGUUACAUGCAGCUGCUCUGGGAGGGGAGGGGAGUAGAGUUGGCAGGCUGAAAGAGAAAGAGAGAAAAAAGCAAAUUGCAUGAGUGCAUGCAGGCAUACAUUAUUAUUUUUCACUAACCUCAUUUCCAUGCGUUGUUUUUUUUUAAAUCAUGAUAUUACAAACCCUCACAAUUCUGCUUCAGAAUUCUCUAUUAGAAAAAGGCCAAAACAACCUUAUCCACCUUUUCCCAUUUGUUUCACUCUCUUUGUUAAAGUCAGAAAAACUGCAGUGAUGAUUUCCCAUUUGUUUCACUCGUUACAGUUGUCCCAGUAGGACUGUCUUCAUCCAGGCCCUGUUUUAAUUGGCUGUUUGUUAGACCCAUGCUGUUUGUCAGUGUCUGCCUGUUCCGCCUCCAGGCUCGCCUAACAUCCUGUUGCAUGUCUAGAAUGAUUGGACUAGAUUUGUGUCAGGCAUGUCUUUACAACUUCUUGUUUUCAAUGCUUGUGUUUUGUUUUACGUUUGUAAUGAAAACCACUGUUUUGUGAAACCUCUCCAGCACUAAUGUUUUCAUCCCAGUGUUCAUGUAUGCUGCUAUAACGUUCCCAUUCAUUGCAACCAUUGUCAUAUUCCAGUUUUGGCAUUAUGAAGAAGUGGUCUAUGGGCCCUAAGUAUUUUUGGUGAUUAGGAAAAGAAAACAUCUCUGCUCUAGCCUACAAUACAGUCAAAAGAACUCUUUGAAAUGUGAUACAUCUCCAACACCUCAUUCUGAGAAGAUCCUCUAGUGAGCACUGAAAUCCUGGCAAAGUAACACAGAAGAUACUCACCAUCGCAAGACAAAUGACUCUUUUCAAAAGUCAGCUGCUUGCCAUUCAAAUACUGCCUUAAACUAGAGUGCCUAAAUCUGUUGAUUGCCAACACUACCACUACAGUAUCCCACAAAGGGCUUUAUGUAUUGGCUUGGUAUGACCUCCUUUAACUCUCCCCAGUGCUGCUGCAGCUGCAGAAGGAGCCGUGGUAGGUGUCUUCUAGAGCGCUUCUACAUAUGAUGGUGCAUCUCUUCACAUUUGUGCAUCAGAACUAAAGACAUGUAUCUGUCCAUUUUAAUUUACUAAGUGUUUUUAAUAGAAUUUGUAUGGAACCCCCUCCCCCCCAAUUGUCUUUUAAUUUGGGGUAAUGAAGCUUCCACUUAAUUACUAUAAUGAUAGUCUGUUCUCAAGUGAUGCUUUCAUUUUGAACCAGUUUAAAUUUGAGUGGAACUUUGUAAUGAUUUAUGUGCACUUUUACUUGUAAAAUGGCUAUUUCAAUAUGUUUAUACGUGUAAAUAGAGUUGUCCGCAGUGCCCCUAUUACUUAUAUUGUCUUGCUUCCCAUUUGUGAUUUUGUUAAUGAAUUACAUCAUACCUGAUUUACUAGAGUAAUAGUGAGGUAGGGGAAGGGAAAUACUUGUACCACUCAUCUUCAUUAACUCAGUUCUUUGCUAUUUGAGGGAGAAAGAAUGUGAAAUGGUCUGUGUUUCAUUGGAUUUUAAGCAAUAUUUUAGAAGCCUUGUGACUCCUUUUAAGAGACUCUUAUUUCCAGUGUUAUUUGACUUGUACUACCAGUAAAACUAAAGCUGAGUGACUAUUGUGUGGAAGUUGAUUCCUUUAUUAAAAUGCAUAUGCCACUAUUAUACACCUGACUGUGUAUUACCUUUGGGGCUAUGAAACUAUCAAGUUUAGAUUUUGGAUAUUGUAUACAGGGUUAUUUAUAUUAUGUGACAUUACUCAAUACUGACAAACUACAUGAUGUAGUUUUUAAAAUCUUGUGCUUUUUUUCCUUUGCAUUUUAAGUUUAGCUGUGGGAAGGAAAUGUGAUCUGGCUGUUUGUCUUUUGUACGAGGCCUGGAGUUCUUGUGUUUGCCUGGCUAGCAGCCAGCAGGUCAAAGUGUAAGGCUUCCUUGUAAGAACUAACUGUUCUUUUCAAGCUACUGUUUGUUUUUCUAAAAGCAGGAUUUGCUUCCUUUGGGGACAAAUCCCUUUGUGUGGGAUAGUGCAACCUGUACAUGGGUUAUUAAACAUAUAGGAAAGACAUUUGUACUUGCACAGCUAGUUAAAAUCAUUCUGAAAAUUGGAACAUGUGAAUUGUCUUAAAUCUUGGAUUUUUUUUCAGUAAUUUUUACUCCUUUUGUGCACAUGUUGAUUUCUUAAUGGUAAAUGCUUUGUUUAAAAUAGUGUUCUCUGUUGAGAAUAUUUUCAUGGAAUAAACAAUCUUUUCAUGGUCA